AUGCGCAAACGAGCCCCUCGUACCUGUCCUCAGAACCCCUCACAAGAUGGCGUAUGUGGCUGUCAUGAAUUCUGGGAGCGCAGCAAACAGCCUUCCUCCAAUACCGAGGUUAGUGCAGAUGCGACAGAAGGUGGUGAGAAGAUGAUGGUAGAGCAAGAAAGAAAGAAAAAGAGGAGGAAGAGAGGAGGCAAAAAGCAGCGCAGAAAGGAAGAGAACAAGGGAACGAAAGAGGGAAAAGUGAAGGAGACUAUGCAAGUUCUAGUCGAUUAUGAGCUGCCUUACGACGAUGAGCGUCUGGACUGGGAUACGGAUGAAGUGCGGAGAAUGGCGGGAGAGGUUGCGUGA